UUAAAAUUCAGGCGCAAUAGCAUAUUUAGUUAUCUAAACACGUUUUAACUGAUAUCGGUGUAGGUAAAUAACUUAGGUUUUAACACGGAUUGAAAAAGUAGGUGGAAAUAAGUAUGAACUACGUAUUUUGGUGUAGGCACUUUAAUCUUUUAAGAAUUCACGCGAAAGCUCGAGCAUAUUUACUCUGCUGUUAUGUCAGAACUGAGGUUUAAUCAUAAGAAACUAGAUGGAUCAUUACAAUUUCGAGUUUCUCUUGUUCUUAAACGAAAUCGUUGUGGAACCUUUGUUUAGUCGUCUCUGUUCAUACCGGAAGAUGAACACGAGCCAGUCGUUUCCGUCUAUGCCGGAAGCCGUUCUGUUGUUUCUAAAGUCCAGUCGUAGCGCUUAAAUGGCUCAACAAAAAUGGUCAGAAACACAAAGUGGAGCUAGGAUAGACGCCUAGAGAGCGCCACAUUUGUACCUGAAAGCUGUUUUGGAAUACUAUGUUCAAAAAGAUGACUGAAUUUGGUCCAGAUUCCGGGGGGCGCGUUAAGGGAGUGACUAUUGUGAAGCCUAUCGUGUUUGGGAAUGUCGCCCGUUACUUUGGGAAGAAGAGAGAGGAAGAUGGGCACACACACCAGUGGUCUGUUUAUGUGAAACCCUACAGAAAUGAGGAUAUGUCUGCCUAUGUAAAGAAGAUCCAGUUCAAGUUACACGAGAGCUACGUUAAUCCACUCAGAGUGGUCACAAAACCUCCGUAUGAGAUCACAGAGACAGGAUGGGGAGAGUUUGAAAUCAUCGUCAAGAUCUUUUUUAUCGACCCUAAUGAGAGGCCUGUUACUCUGUACCAUCUGCUAAAGCUGUUCCAGUCAGAUUCCAGCGCCAUGCCCAAGAAAACAGUUGUCUCUGAGUUCUAUGAUGAAAUGAUUUUCCAGGAUCCUACAGCCAUGAUGCAACAGCUGUUGACUACGUCCAGGCAACUCACCCUUGGGGCCUAUAAGCAUGAGACGGAGUUUGGCGAACUGGAGCAGAGAACAAAGGAGAAAUUAGAAGCAGCAAAGAAGCGAACGAGCCAAGAAAUUACGGAGCUGAAAGAUAGGCUGAAAGCCAGCCGGGAAACCAUCAACCACCUGAAGGCAGAGAUUAGGAAGCUGGAGGAGGAUG